AUGAGCAACGGAAUCAGACAUCUUGGGGCACAAUCUUUGGGUGAUGCAUUACAACAUAACACGACACUUACCACACUAGAUCUCAGACGAAACCAAAUCAGAGAUGUUGGAGUACAAUCCUUGGGUGCUGCAUUACAACACAACACAACACUUACCAAACUAGAUCUCGGACAGAAUCAAAUCGGACAGCUUGGGGCACAAUCCUUGAGUGAUGCAUUACAGCACAACACAGCAAUCACUAUACUAAAUAUCCAGAGCAAUCAAGUCGGAGAUGUUGGAGCACAAUCUUUGGGUGUUGCAUUACAACACAAUACAACACUCACCACACUGGAUCUCGGGUACAAUCAAAUUGAAGAUUUUGGAGCAGAAUUUUUGGGUGUUGCAUUACAACACAACACAACACUUACCACAUUAAAUCUCAACACUAAUUUUAUUACAAUUGAUGGAGCAGAAUCUUUAGGUGAUGCAUUACAGCACAACACAACACUCACCACACUAGAUCUCGGACGGAAUCAAAUCGCAGACCUUGGAACAGAAUUUUUCGGUGUUGCAUUACAGCACAACACAACACUCACCACAUUAAAUCUCAACAGUAAUUUUAUUGCAAUUGAUGGAGCACAAUCCUUGGGUAAUGCAUUACAACACAACACAACACUUACCAAACUGUAUGUCUCAGAGAAUCCGAUCGGGCCUGAAGCAAUAAAUGCAAUUGAGGAAUUACUUGAACGAAAUAGAAGAGAAAGAACAUCGUGA